AUGAUUGCAAAUACAGUACUUUUGAGUGUUACACUAUUCACUGGUGGAGUUGACAGAUUCAUUCGUUUCUAUCUAAUUAGCGCAGCAAUGGCUGGAUUGGUUGCUGUUGUUCCAAUAUUUAUCGCAUUAUUACCUGCUAUAUUUUUCCAAGUUCACCUUAUUGACCCAACCAACAUUAUCCUCUCCACUUUGGACACUGUAGGAUAUCUUGCCUUGAUGUUCACUACAACCGUCAUCGCUACUGAUCGAUUCGUGCUCUUUCUCCUACCGAUGGUGCACAAAUUCUUGAGCGAUACCGUUUGGAUCAGCCCAUGUUUUGCUAUACUACCAUGGAUUAUAACAACUUUAGCCACAAUUCAUAUGAAUAUUAUCGGUUGCUACAAAAGAACAGAUCCAUAUGCUUUGACUUUUACUUACGCGUGCAGCGAAUGUUCUUAUUACGAUCCUAUUUUAUACACUUCUGGAUACGUAUUUCCUGGAAUAGCUUCCUUUCUUUAUUUGAUCAUAUACUGCCGCAUUGUGAGCACUCGAUUGAAGUUUCGGUCCACCAUGAAGCAAAUUCCUACAGUGUGCCAUACGAAUUAUAAGGCACAGGACGUUUCUCUGGUUUUGCAAUUCUUCUUGAUUUGUGCACUCCAGUUAGGAACCAGUGCACUCUUCUAUAUUUUACCACCCUUGACUGGGGGUACAACGAUAUCAUAUCAAAUUCCUAUGGUCUUCUCAGUAAUGAACACCAUGGUCAAUCCAAUGGUGAUAUUUAUAUUCCAGAAACGAAUUCGACAUAGAUGUUUUACAAUACUUAAAGUGCUUUCCCAACGUGUCGAUGUUUCCAGAAGUAGAGUGAAACAAUUAGAUGUUAUGAUGCACCAUCAAUAA